AUGACUCCACAGAACAAGAUCUGCUACAAUAGAGCCGGAGUGGCUCCAGAGGUGUGCUACACGUCUCAUCCCUGGAACAACAGUCCUCGAGAGCAUGGAGAGGCUGCUGAGGACACUUCGACGCUGAAGAAGAGACAGAGAUUGCCGUUGUGGCCGCCCACGAGACGUGCUGCUAACAGCUCCCUUAAGGACCUCCCUACAACCUUCCCCCAACGGUUGUCAGACCUCCCUACAACCUUCCCCCAACGGCUGUCAGACCUCCCUACAACCUCCCCCAACGGUUGUCAGACCUCCCUACAACCUCCCCCAACGGCUGUCAGAUCUCCCUACAACCUUCCCCCAACGGCUGUCAGACCUCCCUACAACCUUCCCCCAACGGUUGUCAGAUCUCCCUACAACCUUCCCCCAACGGUUGUCAGACCUCCCUACAACCUUCCCCCAACGGCUGUCAGACCUCCCUACAACCUCCCCCAACGGUUGUCAGACCUCCCUACAACCUCCCCCAACGGCUGUCAGACCUCCCUACAACCUCCCCCCAACGGCUCUCAAACCUCCCUACAACCUUCCCCCAACGGCUGUCAGACCUCCCUACAACCUCCCCCAACGGCUCUCAAACCUCCCUACAACCUUCCCCCAACGGCUGUCAGACCUCCCUACAACCUCCCCCAACGGCUCUCAAACCUCCCUACAACCUUCCCCCAACGGCUGUCAGACCUCCCUACAACCUCCCCCCAACGGCUCUCAAACCUCCCUACAACCUUCCCCCAACGGCUGUCAGACCUCCCUACAACCUCCCCCAACGGCUCUCAAACCUCCCUACAACCUUCCCCCAACGGCUGUCAGACCUCCCUACAACCUCCCCCCAACGGCUCUCAAACCUCCCUACAACCUUCCCCCAACGGCUGUCAGACCUCCCUACAACCUCCCCCCAACGGCUCUCAAACCUCCCUACAACCUUCCCCAACGGCUGUCAGACCUCCCUACAACCUCCCCCAACGGCUGUCAGACCUCCCUACAACCUCCCCCAACGGCUGUCAGACCUCCCUACAACCUCCCCCCAACGGCUGUCAGACCUCCCUACAACCUUCCCCCAACGGCUGUCAGACCUCCCUACAACCUCCCCCCAACGGCUGUCAGACCUCCCUACAACCUUCCCCCAACGGCUGUCAGACCUCCCUACAACUUCCCCCAACGGCUGUCAGACCUCCCUACAACCUCCCCCCAACGGCUGUCAGACCUCCCUACAACCUCCCCCCAACGGCUGUCAGACCUCCCUACAACCUUCCCCAGACUUACUACACUUAUUCACCAUAA